AUGUCUGUGGAACAACGGUGGCAGGAUCUAGCGUCGUUGCUGACCAUCCCUCCGCCCCCGGACCAGUACCAGCACUACCACCAACAUGCUCACGCGCAUAACAUCAGCCACGGCGCAGGGGGCCACUACCCUCCCAACUACCACGCCCCUCACGCCCCGCUUCCGCCGCAUCCUGAGAAACUUGCAGAGCCCUACGGAGCUGCAGCUCCAAUCGAAAGUUCUUACAAAGUGGAAUCAGCCCAUCACCCACAACAACAUGACGCUAUAUACUAUCAGAAUUCAACAUCGGAAAUGGCGCCCAAUCAAGAUGGCUUCCUGCAGUCGAUAUUAAAUGAUGAAGAUUUACAACUGAUGGACAUGGCUAUGAACGAAGGAAUGUACACAAUGCGCAUGCUGGAUGGCGCCACUGCGCAUGUGCCACAGAAUCAAACUCACAUGCCUAUGACCACAGAGCGUGACUCGGCUUCAGACAGCGCUGUUUCAUCCAUGGGUUCGGAGAGAGUCCCAUCACUGUCUGACGGAGAAUGGUGUGAUGGAAGUGACUCUGCGCAGGAUUACCACAGUUCAAAAUUCCGUCCAUAUGACGGCGCAUAUGCCAGAGAACGAAAUGCCCAUGCGCCUCAGAAGAAACAUCAGAUGUUUGGCAAGAGAUGCUUCCAGGAGCAACCUCACUUGGAGCCUCUCGUGCCCCGUCCGCCUGCCGUGAAGUACGAAUGUGAACAGACUUAUCAUCAUGAAAAUAUGCAUAUGCACAAUGUGGAGUACGGUCGUCAUCAGCUGGCAGGACCUCACGUGACUCCGCUUCAACCAGCUUUGGACCUGAACACGGCGCAUUCCAGUCACGCUCUCCUGCAGAACAACGUAACUCCACCAGCGGUCAACCGUUUUCCGCUUUUGGGUGAUAGAGUGAGACACAACCACACCUACAGCGCGCCAUUGCCGCCGCCAGACCAUAGACAACCGGUCAGAGACAAAAGAGUUCGGCGGCUCACAGAUGGUAGCAGUUCCGAGGGAUCUCCGGGUCAUUUGAGCCGGGACGAGAAACGCGCUAAGGCACUCGGUAUACCUCUGGAAGUAGCUGACAUAAUAAACCUGCCGAUGGACGAGUUCAAUGAACGCCUUUCAAAACACGACUUAAGCGAAGCCCAACUCUCACUCAUAAGAGAUAUUCGGCGGAGAGGGAAAAAUAAGGUAGCAGCCCAAAACUGCCGCAAACGCAAAUUGGAUCAAAUCACAUCUCUAGCGGACGAAGUGCGCACAGUCCGCGAUCGUAAGAUACGCACGCAGCGCGAUCACAACGCACUCCUCGCCGAACGACAAAGGCUGAAGGAGAGAUUCGCGGCACUUUAUCGACACGUUUUCCAGAACCUCCGCGAUGGUGAAGGUAGGCCGCUAUCAUCAGCUCAGUACUCGCUGCAGCAGGCGGCCGACGGAAACGUUGUUCUUGUACCCAAAAUGAACCCGCAUGACCACGGCAUGAACAGAACCGACGACGACAUGGACAGAAAAAAGAGCUAUGAGUGA